GCCCUCCUAGGAACCAUAGACAGCUAGUCGCAGUAGUAGCUAAUAGGGCUUGUUGUUUGCGGAAGUAAAUAGAAAACUGAGAACGCACGUUCAGUUCAGCUCAGAAAAGUUUUACGAAGUUUUAGUGAGGAAAAAGUCUCUCCAUUUUUAAUCCAACAAUGUAUUCAGUCCAAAGUAUGAGACGGUUUGUCUGUGAUCGACUCACUGCGGCUGCUCAAGAAAUAUUGGGAGCCUUUGAAAAUAAAGUAGAAGGUUACGAGGCAGAAAUCGCUCGUCAGCGCAGACUGUUGGAUGCCGUUUUGACACCCGAGAUAAAGUUACACCGGACAGAUGGAUUUUGAAUGCAGGACCCUUACUUGUAUUGGAGUAUUACUUGGCGAUCCGAGUACUUAUUCCACUACUGACGAGUUUUCACUGACACCUGUCCAUAAGGUGGAGCAGGAGGAGGUUCUCCUGAUUCAGCAUCAGCAACGUUCCAGUUUGGUCCCACAAGAUCCUCCACCGAUUAAAGAAGAACAUGAAGAAAUGUGCAUCAGUCGGGAACGACCACAGCUUGCACAACAACAGGAGACUGAAGCCUCUAAGUUAACUCCAACUUGUGAGGGAAGUGUCCACAGUGGCCAGUCUCAGCCUUUGGUCCCUGACCAAACGGAGAGUGCAUCAAAUAAAGAUUCUCAAUCCAGCACCUCAAACAACAAUGUAUUAUCUGGAUCUGACAGGGAGAGUUCUCCAGCACCAGGCACUGACCACCAACUCCUCUCUCACAACUCUUGUGUGAGAGCUGAGAGCCAAGAUCACAUAACUUGUAACCAUGGAAGUGCAACACCGACUAGACUUAUUGAGUCAGCACCAAAUAACAAAAGCAAUGACAAGAACACAACAUCAGCUACAAGUACUGAGGAAGCAUCAAAUAAUAAACAUAAGAAAGGGAUGCCAUCAUCAAGUGGAAACAGGGAGCCAAUGCUAAAUAAGAAACAUAAUCAUGAGAACACAACGUUAAUCACAAGUACUGAGACAACACCAGAAAAGAUUGGUGAUGGGAGCGCAAAAUCCAAUGGAGGUACUGAGCCAACACCAAAUAAGAAACCAGAUAGUGGAAAAACAGCAUCAGCUAAAAGUACUGAGCCAACACCCCAUAGUAAAGGUAACAAUGAGAGCACAACAUCAAAUGAGAAACCAACAUCAAAAGGAAAUAGUGAACCAACACUAAAUAAGAAAAGCGAAGGUGGGAGACCACCCUCAACUGGAAGUGUUGAGCCAACAGCCAAUAAGAAGACAUCACCUACAGAUGUUGCACCAACAGCACCCCAUAAGAAAUGUAACGAUAAGACCAAAACAUCAACUAGAGGCAGAGAGCUAACACCAAAUGAGAAAUGUAAUGAUGACGAGCCAACAUCAAAGGGAUACCGUGAGCCAACACCAACUACGAAAAGCACAGAUGGGAGACCAACCUCACCUGGAAGUGUUGAGCCAACAUCAAGUAAGAAAAGUAACAAUGAGAAGACAGCAUUAGGUAAAAAUACUGAACCAACACCAAAUAGGAAAUGUAACGAUAAGACUACAACAUUAACUAGAGGCACAGAGCUAACACCAAAUGAACAAUGUAAUGAUGAGGACAUGACCUUAAAUGAAGAUACUGAGCUAAUACCAAAUGAGGAAUGUGAUGAUGAUGAUGAUGACCCAACAUCAAAGGGAAACUGUGAACCAGCACCAAAUAAGAGAAGCAAAGAUGGGAGACCAACCUCACCUGGAAGUGUUGAGCCAUCACCAAGUAAGAAAUCUAACAAUGAGAAGACAACAUCAGCUAAAAGAACUGAUCCAACAGCAAAUAGGAAAGCCGAUGAUGGGAAAGCAACAUCGACUUCAAGUACUAAACCAGCACCAAAUAAGAGAAGCAAAGAUGGGAAACCAACCUCACCUGGAAGUGUUGAGCCAGCACCCAGUAAGAAAAGUAACAAUGAGAAGACGUUAGCUAAAAAUACUGAACCGACACCAAAAAAGAAAUGUAAUGAUAAGGCCACAACGUCUACUAGAGGCACAGAGCUAACACCAAAUGAACAAUGUAAUGAUGAGGACCCAACAUCAAAGGGAAAUAAUGAGCCAAGACCAAAUAAGGAAAGCAAAGAUGGGAGACCAACCUCACCUGGAAGUGUUGAGCCAGCACCAAGUAAGAAAUCUAACAAGACAACAUCAGCUAAAAGUGCUGAUCCAACGCCAAAUAAGAAAGGUAAUGACAAGACCACAGCGUCAGCCAGAGGCACAGAGUUAACACCAAAUAAGAAACCUAACAAUGGAAAAACAAUGUCUACAAGAAGCAUGGAGUCCUCACCACGUAAGAGACCGAACGAUGGGAGCACGACAUCGGCUACAAGUGCUGAAACUACACCAAAUAAGAAACCCACCGACGGUAGCACAACAUCAGAUGGAAGUACUGACCAAACAUCCAAAAAAAGACACAAGAAUGAGAAGACAACAUCAGCCAGAAGCACAGAGCGAACACAAAGUGAGAAAAGUAACAAUGAGAGCACAGCAUCAAGUGGAGGCACUGACCCACCACCAAAUAAGAAACAUAGGAAGGCAUCAGGCGGUACCGAGGGUGACGAUAACCCUUUCAAGUGUGACCGGUGCGGUAAAGUGACGACCAAUUUCAAAAACUACAAGUUUCAUAUGAAAUCCCACACUGUUGAGAAGAAAUACAAAUGUGACACUUGCGGGUUAAUGUUCAGGGAGAGUUGGGAUUUGAACAAACAUACGAUAGUUCACUCUGCUGAGAAGCCUUUCAAAUGCAAGGUUUGCGGGAAUGGAUUUAACCGGCGUUAUAAUCUCGACCUGCAUCUCCGGGUUCACUCUGGGGAAAAGCCGUACAAAUGCAACACCUGUGACAAAAGCUUCAGCGCAUUAGUGAAUAUGAAGAAGCACAUGAGAAUUCACACAGGUGAGAAGCCUUACACCUGCAGCGACUGCGGGAAAGAGUUUGCAGAUUCGUCGUCUUUCAAAAAUCAUCAGCGGGUGCACACGGGGGAAAAGCCAUUCAAGUGUUCCUUUUGCAAGAGAAGAUUUGCGACCAGGACGACUUUGAGAAGGCACACCAGAACACACACAGGCGAAAAGCCCUACACGUGCGAUGUGUGUCACAGAGCAUUUAGUUAUAGAACGGACCUGAAGGGACACAUGAGGACACAUACUGGGGAGAAGCCUUACAAAUGCAGUACUUGUGAAGAAAAGUUCUCCACUUGGACAAAACUCAACAAACACAAGAAUGUACACACAAGUGAUGCACAAAGCUCCACUGCUUAAAAGCCUGUGUGAGUUUGAUAUACCAUGCUUAUGAUAAAAGUAGAUGAAAUGCACUACGUAGUAGUGCACUGAGUAGAAUUGCUACUGCUAUUUUGACAUUUUAUUUUAAAGAGCACUCCACCGAUUUCCGAUUGCCCAUAACUGUCGUACUCAUAGUUGACAGUUUAAAAAAAAAAUAUAUAUAUAUAUAUAUAUAUAUAUAUAUAUAUAUAUAUAUAUACUGUAUAUACUCAGCAACAAAAGAAACGUACUGUCACUUUCAAGUGCUUUUAUAUUUUAAGCAAACUUAACAUAUGCAAAUAUUUGCAUGAAUGAAACUAAGACAUAAACUGAACAAUUUUCACAGACAUGUCACUAACAGAAAUGGAAUAAUCUAUCCCUGAACAAAGGGGGGGGGGUCAAAAGUAGCCCUCAGUAUCUGGCCACCAGCUGCAUUAAGUACUGCAGUGCAUCUCCUCCUCAUGUACUGCACCAGACUGACUGGCCAGUUCUUGCGGUUGUUUUUGCCAUCCUGUAGGUGUGAUAUUCGGAUGUACUGAUCCUAUGCAGGGGUUGUUACACGUGGUCUGCCACUGUGAGGAUGAUCAGCUGUGCUUCCUGUCUCCCUGUAGCGCUGUCUUAGGCAUCUCACAGUAGGGACAUUGCAAUGUAUUGCCCUGGCCACUUCUGCUGUCCUCAUGCCUCCUUGCACCAUGCCUCUUUGCACCAUGCCUUAGGCAAGCUCACACAGUCAGUAGAAAGGUCUCUUUACUUUCCUAAUUUUCUUUUAACUGUGACCUUAAUUGCCUACCGCCCUUAAGCUGUUAUUGUCUUUUUGACCGUUCAACAGGUGUUUGUUCAUUAAUUGUUUAUGAUUCAUUGAACAAGCAUGGAAAACAUUGUUUAAACCCUUUACAAUUUACAAAGUUAUUUAGAUUUUUACAAAAGUAUCUUUAAAAUACAGUGUCCUGAAAAAGGGGCGUUUCUUUUUUUGCUGAGUUAUAUACGUAUAUAAAAAUCGAUGCAGCAGAACCAGAAAUAUUGUUUCAAUGUAUACAUUCUAGUCAAUCUGGCGCCUACAUUAUCCACAAUGCAACACAAUUGCAGUUGGGUCAACAGUUGCCUUGAGCCUUGAACCACUAGCCUAAGUCGGAGAUGAGGAAUCGACUAUCUCACCCCCAGACAUUCUUAUGUCUAAAUAGAAUAUUACAACUUUUUCCACAUGUGCAUUUGUAUUCCCCAAGAGCUGUAUACAGACUUUGUAAAGUCAGUGGAGUUCCUUUUUAUAACACCUUUUAUUAACGCCUUUAUUGUAAAUAAAACCAUAAUGCCUUGUUUUUGUUGAGUUUAGUGUUUUAGCUCGGGUCUGACUGAUGAAAUACAAUCCAGAAAGGUUAUUGAAUAAAUGAUUUAUGAGUUUGAAGUCUUUGCCAAAAGACUGUACAAUCAUUUUAUUGACAAUCAUGAUUUCUUUUUUUUAACCUUUUUUGUUGAUCUCGCAUGUAUUUGACUGGCCAACAUGGUUCUUUGCGGGAUAAAGUUGCAGUUGUGUUACAGCAAGUUUGAUUCAGCUUUAUCUUUGUGGUCUCAAUGAAAUGACUGCUGGAAGUGCUAAUGUCUGUCUGAACACAGCCUUAUAUCUGGCGAUCUGAUGAUAGUGAAAAUGAAUUCUGUAUGUCACCGCGGUAACUUUGGAAGGCUUCAAUUUAAGCAAAUGCAUGUUGUUGAUUAUGUUUUUCGGUGUCCGUUAUUUAACAAAAGUCUGAAUGGUGGGAAUCUUGUUCAAUCUUAAUCCAAUUUAUCAUUGUUUUAAGCAGAGUUCAUAUAAUUGAUUGUACUGGGAAAAUGAAAAGAAACGUGUCUUUGUUGUGUAAAUGCCUUGACUUUUAUGUACUUUUGCCUUUAAUUUUUAAACUGCAGCCUAAUUGUCUAGUCUACAGUACAGCACACUUGUUCUGUAAAACUUACUAAGUGAAUGUAUUUGAAACAUUUUACUUUAUACAUUUUUAAUACAUUUAAUAAAUUGUAAUUAUUUUCCUUAAA